AGUUUUUUAAAAUUUUCUUGUUGGAUAGUUUCGCCUAAUUUCCUCUAUAUUUGUUGUUAUAUGAAAGGAGUUGAAGAGAUAUCUUUGCAAGGCCACACAUAUUUUUUUUCCUAACAAGACAGAUUUUCUCAUAUAUAUAUAUAUACAUAUAUAAUAUACCAUUACUUUUCUCUUUUAGUAGUUCCCCAACCUUAAAACGAACAUGAUGUUAAAAACACAGAUGAUAACUCUAAAAAACAAUUGGAAAAUUUUGUGCCAGAAAGUAAAAGCUCAUUCUCAUGCCUUUAUUUUCAGUGAGAACAAAGGUAGCUAUGAGGAAAGCUUUGAUCACGAAGCUUUGCCACUCAAAACCGCAUUUGAGUUAUUUGAUGCCAACUUUUUCAGUAGUAAAAAGAUGGUGGAAAUUACUAAGGGUGCAAAAGAGCUCAACGUCCCUACUAUUAGAGCAAAUAGAAAGCUUGUUGGUUCUGUUAAUGGAGGGCUUUAUCAUCAUUCUCCUUUGGUCUUCAACCCUGAAUGGGCAACUGAAGAAGCUAACAACAAAAAAAAGAGAUUUAAUUAUCCUUAUUUGGUUGGCACACAAAGACCAAACAAAGAAGAUGAUAUUGCCUUUAUGAGUAUUCUUGAACUAGGGGAGCUGAUUAAGACAAAGCAAGUUACAUCUGAGGAGCUCACUCAACUUUGUCUUAAAAGACUGAAAAGGUAUAAUCCUGUUCUUGAGGCUGUUAUCUCUUACACUGAAGACUUGGCAUACAAGCAAGCAAAAGAAGCUGAUGAAUUGUUCUCCAGAGGAGUGUACUUGGGUCCUCUCCAUGGGAUCCCUUAUGGGUUAAAGGAUAUAAUUUCAGUACCCCAAUACAAAACAACAUGGGGUUCAAAAAGUUUCAAAGAUCAAGUCCUUGACAUUGAAGCUUGGGUUUACAAAAGGUUGAAAUCUGCUGGGGCAGUUCUUGUAGCCAAACUUGUUUCUGGAUCACUGGCAUAUGAUGAUAUAUGGUUUGGUGGUAGGACAAGGAACCCUUGGAAUAUUGAAGAAUUCUCCACAGGUUCUUCAGCUGGCCCAGCUGCCUGCAUCUCAGCUGGGUUGGUUCCAUUUGCUAUUGGAUCAGAAACAGUUGGUUCGAUGACCUUGCCUGCUUCGCGAUGCGGGGUGACAGCGUUGCGGCCUACUUUUGGUCUUGUUGGUAGAACUGGUGUUAUGAGCAUAUCAGAAAGCUUGGAUAAGCUUGGUCCUUUCUGUAGAAGUGCAACAGAUUGUGCUAUUGUUUUAGAUUCUAUUAUGGGAAAAGAUCCAGAUGAUGUCUCAUCAAGGGACAUUUCUCUUGGUGAUCCAUUUUCGGUUGACAUAAAAAAACUGACAGUUGGGUAUCUUGAUGAUGCUGAUAUGGAGGUUGUUCAAGUUCUUGCAUCAAAAGGUGUUAACAUGGUUCCUUUCAAACUGAAUUACACAGUUGACUCAGUUCAAGGCAUUAUAAGUUUUACAAUGGAUGUUGACAUGUUAGCUCAUUUUGAUGAGUGGCAGCGAUCGGGGAAGGAUGAUGACUACGAAGCUCAAGAUCAAUGGCCGGUUGAAUUGCGCCGAGCACGCUUCUUUCCUGCUGUUGACUAUUUGCAGGCACAAAGGGCUAGGGGCAAGUUAAUACAAGAAGUAAGAGAAAGCUUCAAAGUUGAUGCAAUGAUUGGCAGCCCAACUGAAUGGGAGAGAGUUUGUAUGGGAAAUCUAGUUGGUAUGCCUGUGAUUGUUGUUCAAACAGGAUUUACACACAUAUCAAAUCCACCUUGCUCAGAUUGUCGCCGGCGAAAAACCACAACCACUGGGAUAUUUGCUCCUCCAUACCAUGACCACAUUGCUCUUGCCUUAGCAGUGGCUUACCAAUCAGAAACCAAUCACCAUAAGCAGAGGCCGCCGGUGGAUGAGCUCGGACCAAACGACUCGAUUCCAAACCCGCCAAUUCAUAUCCAGCCUCCUAGACUGCUGCGCUUCCUUUAAUAGAACUAUGCAUAAAAGUUGUUGUAUUUAGCUAGCUACUAAUAAUCUAGGUGAGAAAUAUGCAAAAAUACAAGGGGAUCCUAAUGUUUUUCAAGUACAAAUAUUUGAUAUCUUUGGGUGGUUAUGGCAAAUA